CGGAGUGACAAACCAUAUCGGGACUUGCGCCAGGACCGCCGAAGCCGCAUGCGUCCGGGCUCGCUCAAGAACACCGUGCUGACGGUCUUCUUCUCGCUCAUGUCGAUGGGCUGCUGUACCUUUUCGAUGAUCUACCCGGCGUGGUUCAUGCAAAAGUACAAGGAGACGACACCGGACGUAUUCCAGGGCUUUGGCAUCUUUGCCUUUCACUCGACGGGCGUGCUGCAAACGCCCUUCUUUGCGUCCAACACGACGCUCGAGUACUCGGACUUUUGCACCAACCAAAAGGCCGGCGUGCAAGCGCCCAACUGGAUGCUGGGCGGCGCGCCGCAGCUCCAAGUCAUCCUCUGCGGCAUGCCGAUCAAGGGCAUCCAGUACGUCAUCAUGUUUGCGGUCGUCUUUGCGACCAUCUCGCUUCUCGCGUCGAUCGCAGCCACGUUCCAGCCGCAAGCUGGCUGGGCCGAGCGCAUCGUGUCGUCGGCGACACUCGCGGCCUCGUGCUUGUUGCUCGCGGCGUUGAUUUGCUGGGCGCUCCAGAUCCAGCAAAAAAUGCUGCAGAUCGACGUGCUCUCGUCCGGCUACCAGGCGUGCAAGAGCGUCAAGGGCGACGGCUCCAAGUGGAGCUGCUGGUUCUAUGGCUACAGCUUCUGGGCAGCGAUCGGCGGCGUUUGCGGCAUGCUUUGCACCAUGUAUGCGAGCUCGGCCGGCCGUGCCGAGAAGAUCCGCCACUUUCGCAACAUGUACGAGCAAGACCUCGCGGUCGCCAUGCAAGCGUCGGCCGGCCAAACGCCGGGCACGACCACGAGCGCGUACGCGGCGCCGCAGUCGGAGAAGCCGAUUGUGCAGCCGUCCGUGCAAAACCACCCAGGGUUUGCACCGACCGAGCCCCACGCCAACUCGAUCUCGUCGUACGAACCUGGGUACCAACCGUACGGCCAGCCACCGCCGCCGUCCACGGGUCCUUACACCGCCAACACUGGCUAUGGCAAUCAGCCUGUGUACGGGAAUGGGUACGGCCAGCCCCACAACAAUGCGUAUGGCCAGCCCCACAACAAUGCGUACCAACAGCCCGUCCAGCCCGUCGUUGGUGGCAGUGGCUAUGUCCGAGGUGGCAUUGUCUAGGUCGACUAAUUACUAGUAGAUAUAUUAUCUUAUAAGCUAUCGUGCUCUCCGUG